AUGGAUGUCGACAGUUCCGAAGAAGGCGAUCCGGAGAUUCCCCACGGCGAUCUCGUCGACUUCGACCAGGGCGGCCAACGCUUGCUGGACUACCCGGCCGCACUGUCACUGUUUCGAAACCUGCAGCGCCAAAUCACCCAGCGCCUGACCAAGGAUGUGCCGCACGGGUCGGACUUGUGGCAGGUGGUCGCCCAACAACCUGGGUUCAAAGAGAGUUUGGAAUUUCAGCUGGAGCAGUUUCCCUUUGGCGGUCAAUGUCACGAACCUGUCAUCAUGACCGAUCACCGACCCAUCAGUACACCUCCACGCUACCUAUUGGAGCUAUCUUUAGACGGCUUCCUACGCUAUAUCAAUAUCCACACGCCCAUCUUCAAUGAUUCCUCUCUAGAGAAAGCGAUCGAUACACACUACCAGUCUCUGUCAGCGGGAAACAGCGAUGCGUGGGCCCUUACCUUCACCAAUAUCAUUAUUCUGACCGUCGCCCUGGAUGCCCGUGUCGCUCGUGCAACCGCCUCCCAUCUGGUUAGCAUGAACGAUGAUAUGCUCCCUUCUUUCCUGAAGAAUUGCGACCGAGCGUUGGCGGAUUUGAACCGGUUUACUGGGCCAUGUGCCAUCAAUGUUCAGGUGCUCUUGACUCUGGCUCUCGUGGCUAGGGAAUUUUAUAGUAGCGUGGUCUUUGAAAAGGUCUGCCAGACAGUGUGCCAAGUGGCGCGCUCCACGGGUCUCCAUAGGGCUCACGGGGCACGAAGCGUGAGAUGGGAAAAGAUGCCGGAGCGAGAACGACUCUUCUGGGUGGUCUAUACCAUGGACAAGCAGCGGGCGUUCCUGACAGGGCAGCCCUGUGAUCUAUACUUGUUUGACUCUGAUAUCCAAUUGAGGAGCUGCGGGGAGCGUGCACCAUUCCCGCUGCGGCUGAACGCCGCCUACGUGCAUAUGAUGACGAUCUGGGAACAGAUUUUCAUCAAUCUCUAUUCUUCCCGAGCGGUCCUCGCCGACGCGGCCGACCGAAGUCGGCAGGUGCAGCAGCUGUGGGGUUCAUUGAAUGAAUGGAACAUCAAAUACCAUGCUCUCCUAAGCUCGCCCAUCGUCGAGAAGAUGGCAGACUUGGCGCCCAUGCAGCUCGAGUUGAAAUACUGUCUCAUGGUGAGCCAGGUCCUCGUACAUCGCUGUGACCGCAUCGCACGCUCCCAGCAAAGGUAUCGGGAUCCCGCCCGCAAUGCUCUCAAACUCAUCAGUCAGGUUGCCGGGGACCACCAUAAUGUUACGCUCGCGCGAUGUGCUGUCUUAACCAGGAUGUAUCGAAACUAUCCCCUUGUCGCCGUCCAUGACCUCUUCUCUUUCUGUCUUCUAGACGGCGAGCCGGACAACACGGAGGAUGCAAAACUCAUCCAUGAGACUCGCCGCCAUCUCGAGCUCCUCCACUAUGCGGACUUUCCUCGAGCGUACUUUGCCCGGCUUGAGGCCGGGUUGAAAUGGUGCACCGACAUGCUGGAUACCAUCAAAGAUUGCUUGUCCCGCUCGGCGGCCACCGGCGACUGGGGGCCGAUGGAUGGCUCUUCCACCGGCCUCUCCGACCGCACGCCCCCCUCAGAAUCUGAACUCUCGUCGAUACCCCCGGACGCGUGGGCCUCGCUGAACCUUCCGAUGGGCCGCGACGAGAUGCUUUGUGGUCUUAGCCCUUCAGUACCCUCAGAGGGAUUGCUGGACCCGGGGUUCCCCGCUUUUGGAUUGACUACGUCGUCUACAGGUGAUGGUACCGUCCCGGCGUUCACUCACGGUGGUGAUAAUCCGGCAGUGACGAUGCAACCACCGAUGUGGGUACCGGCUGAAGUACCCUGUAGCUCGUCUGAACCACUUUUUGACCCCGAAUUUACCCGAAGUAUAAUGUCAUGA